AUGAAUCAAACAACUGAGUCAACAGGAAAUUCUAAAGAUUUGGCAGUUGCUGUCAACAAUAAGACAAAUGCAGCUCUUAAUUAUUUUAUAUCAAAAGCUCCCAAUCUAAUUCCUUCAAUUGUUAAUACAGCUAAACUCAUUACUCCAAAAAUUUCAAAAGGUUAUAAGGAAAAUGAAAAGCAUGAAAGUCAAGACAAUUACAUUUACACACCUCCUCCUACCCCUGGAAACAUUAUACCAUCUAAAAGUUCUACUUUAUUACCUACCUAUUCUCGCAGGCGUGUUUCUAAAUCUUUAAAUGAAGUAGAUAUUAGUUCUCGUUCUGAUCAUCAACGAAGACCAUCAGAACCUCCUCGAAUUGAUAAACGUUCUUUACAAAAUGAAUAUUUAGAAAAUAGUGUUUAUACAAAUGUUCCAGCAAUUAAUGUUCAUCAUGUGGAUAAUAAUAAUUUCAAUAAUUUAGGCAAGACAUCUAUGAAGAGGUCACUAUCAAUAUCUAAUGUUCCAAUCAUUAAAGAAGGAUAUUUGAACAAAAGAAUUGAUUUCGAUGCAAAGUCAUUAUCCACCUCACGUGGUUGGAAAGUAUAUCGUGUGAUAUUAAAAGGUUCGAAAUUAUAUUUUUAUAGACCACCUUCAGAAGCAGUCUUAAAAACAUUUUUUCCAAAUAAUAAAGAUUUGAAUAUGAGUAAAGAAAUGGGUUCAACCUUGUCACCGGUUAUUGCUACUGAUCGAGGAAUGAAUUUAAAUCCAGCAAAUUUUGAUCCCGGAGCUAUUAAAUUAAUUUGGGAAGGAAUUACAACAAAUACUGAAUUAGGAAUUACUCAACCACUUAUUUCAAAAUAUUAUUAUGGUGAAAUUUGUUAUGAAGUAGAUCGUAGUAUGGCAAUGAGAUUUAAGAAAAGUGUUUGUUUACUUAUAUUUGAAGACAAUGUAAUUAUAUGUAAACGUAAAUGGGUUAGAUAUACAAGUGCAAAUUUAAGACCUAUAAUGGAUGCCAUGGGAUUUGGUGGUGGUGGUGGAAAUUAUUCUUCAAAUGUCACAUCUCCCAAUUCUAAUAUCGAUUUAAAUGGUCAAGAUGAUCGGGAUACCAAAUCAAUUAAUAGUAUUCGUGGGACACAAGAUAAUGAUAAUUCUAAUAAUACAAAUAAGGGUAAAGGUUAUUACACCAAAUGGAAGUUAGAUACAUGUUAUUCAAUACAUAGCAUUGAUGUUAUACCUGAUCCAAAUUUACCUACAGGUUAUUCACCUUACAUAGCUCCUUCUUCGCAACCUUCAUUCUUUACAGCAAAUAAACAUACUGAUGAUAAUUCUUCACUUCGAUCUGGUUCAUCUUCAGUUUCUGUUAUAGCAAAUGUUUCUUCUUCUUCUGGAGCUAUUCUUUAUCUUAAUAUAAUUGAUGGUCGUAAUAAAGAUAGUUAUCGUGUUUUUGUAGCACCAAAUAAUGAUACUAGAUUAUUAUGGAUUUCAAAAUUAUGGGGUGCAAAAAAAUCAAGUUUAAAAAAAAUGAUGAAAAUAUCUAUUAAAGAACCUUUAACAACAAAAGGAUUAAAUGGUGAAUCAGAUUUUCAUGGAUCAACAAAUGAUCAAAAUGGUUUUCGUAGUGUUGGUUUUAAUGGAUAUAAUGAUACUUCAGGAAUUAUUGGUUCAGGAGAAAAAAGUGCGGGAGCAACAACUCCUACUAGAAAAAUUAGAGCAUAUUGGGGUACAGGUAGACAUCCCGAAUUGAUCAUCAAAGAAUCAAAUAUUAUCGACAAUUCUACUAUUGAAAAUCUUGAAAAAAAUCCGGAAGAUAGUGUAGAAAAUAGUGUUUCAAAUAUUGCAAAUACUUUACCUAUUACUCCGACUACUCCAACUACUCCAUCAUCAUUUAUAUCACAAACAUCACAUCCAUCACAUCUUAAUGAAAAUUUAUCACAACGUUUUAUUCGAGGGGGAUCUGUUGAUUCUUUGAUUCAUGAACUUUUAUUUGAAACACAAAAAGGAAAUAAUCAAAAUAAUGAUGAUUUCCUUCAUACUUUCCUUCUCACUUUUCCACUUUUUUCUGAAAUUAAUCAUAUCUUUCGUGAAUUGAAAAGAUGUACAAGUAUGCAUAGUUCAAUUGAUGAUGAUAAUAAACCAAAUAAAAUAGUAAAAAGAUCAAUUUUUAUAAUUGAAAUAUGGUGUCAAAAUUGUGGGCAUGAUUUAUUACGUGAAGAUGUUUGGAAUGGUAUGCAAGAAAUUAUAAAUGAUAUAAUAAGUAAAGAGAGCUUGACUGAUGCGGAAUAUUUAAACAAAUUAAUGCAUGAAACUCGGAAUAAAUUAACCGUUGAAAAUGAUAAUGAAUUAACCUUAAUAUCACCUACCCAAUCAGCACCCUCCUUGGAUCUUUCAAAUUUAUUAGUUACUGGUUUAACUCCUGCAUUGUUCUUAAAGAUGGUACCUGAAGAAUUAGCUCAACAACUUUAUUUAUAUCAUUUUUUAGAACUUAAAAAAUCAAAUCCUAGACAUAAUUUAAGAAGUUUUAUUCCUUCAAAAAAUCGUAAUGAUACAUUAACAAAUGAAUGUCCUUUAAAUUCUACUCCUACAUCUCCUCAUUUCCUCACUAGAUUAAUAUAUCAUCAUAUAUUAAUAGCUGCUCAACAAUCUGCAUAUACAAGUCGAAGACCAGUAUUAUUAACUCAUUGGAUACAAACUGGAAUAGCUUGUAAAUCUUUAGGUGAUAUGGUUGGUUGGAUGGCUGUUGCCUCGGCAGUUUGUUCACCUGGAAUUAUUCGUUUGAAAGAAACUUGGAAAAGAGUUGAUGAACAAUGGCGAAAUGUAGUCAUAAAUGAUUGGGUACCACUUUUAUCAUCAUAUGGAGGUCUAGAUGGGGAUUCCGAUUUGGAUAAUAUGAAUCCUUUGUUAUUAAUUGUUUAUGAUAAAAAAGAAAAGAAUAAAAUCAAAUCUAUUCCAUAUUUCGGUUUUAUCACUCUUGCAAUGGAAAGUUUAAAUUUAAAUAUACCUUCAGUAAUUGAUCGAAAUACUGGAGAAACUAAUCGUGUUGGUUCAAGAAAUAAUAGUAUUUCAGGAAUGGGUAUUAUAAAUUUUGAAAAAUAUCGAAGAAUGUAUGAUACUAUAAUUUCUUCACUUAAUCAAUGGGAUCCAUCAGAAGAAUAUAAGACUUUUGAUAUUUCAGAAUGUCCCUUUACUCAAUUAAUUCCUCUUCAAAAAUAUUUCCAUCAUUUAAAUUCUAUUCCAUCCUCUUCCACACUUGAUCCUUGGCAAUUGUUUGAUUCUUCUUUAAUGUGUGAACCUCGUCUUCAUGGUCAAUAUUUGGAACAUCACGCUCGUCAACGCAAAUCCCCUUCUGUUUAUGUUCCAUUAGUAUUUACUGAAGUUAUACCAUCUAAUAGGUUAUUUGAAAAACAAGCAUUUUUAAAUGCUAGUGGUACUUUAGGUAAAAAAUUAUCAAAUUCUUCUUUGAACGAUAAUAAUGCAUAUACUUCAAUGGCAUCCCCAACUCGUACAACUUUCCCCGGUCAAACACUUUUAAAUUCGGACAUGUCACCUACAAAAUUAAAUUCACCUUCUAUAAAUUCACCGGAUCAACAAGAAAAUGUUAGGAAAAGGACUUUAUCAUUUCCUCCUGCAAGAAUAGGUCCAUUAACUUCAACCACAUGGAAUACUGGUUUGGAUCUUGUGACCAGGAAUUGGUUAGGUAGUUUGGUACAACAUCGUGGUAGUUACAAUGUACUAUUGAAAUGUAUGAAAGAUAUUGCGGGCGUUGGAGAGAUGCUCAAGUUCGUUAAAGAUGGUGAACUAGUAUUCAAAUCUGUUAGAGAUGCUACUAAUUCAAGACCUUCAAGUAUUGUUGAGGCUUCAUCUGGUACAACAUCAAAACGUAAUUCUUUACAUGGUAUGUCACAUUCCCCACGUACAAGUUUACACGUUAAUAUAGAGCAUGAUGCUCUAAUGGUGGUUGUCAAAGCAGGAACUUUAGAACGUUUAAUUGAUGUCUUAGUUAAUGGUGUAACAGCUUAUAGUGCGAGUGUGGUUGACGAUAACGGUGAGCCACCUUUAUCAAUUGGUAGACAAAGUCAACUUGGUAUUAAUUCCACUGAAUAUACGGCGACUUUCUUUAGUACAUAUCGUAGUUUUUGUAGUCCAAAUUUAUUGUUGGAUAUAUUAAGAAAACGUUUUAUGAACGCAAAAAAAGUUUCCAAGGAACCUAAAAGCCCAGUGGAAUCAAAUAUCCCCUCUCCGGAUUAUAGUGAAAAGGAUAGUGAUGAAAAUGAGAAUUAUGAUUGGAAUAAGGUGACAUUAAUCCAGUCCCGAAUUUUGUCAGUAUUCCGUUAUUGGAUUGAAGAAUUUUUCCAUGAUUUUCUAGAUGACUUGACUUUGAGAAAUCAUUUAUUACAUUUCCUUAAUGAAGCAAAAUCAGGAAUAGAAUCCAGGACUAGUAAAGUUUCAGAUGAACAUUUAUCAAACGAAUUUAAAGAAUUAAAAGAUUCUGUAAGAUAUAUAAAACAACUGGCAACGACCAAGAGUCUUGAACCAGCUUAUGAUAUACAGAAUGAAAAGAUGGCACAUUUAGUAGAUAAGAUCAUGAAUAGUCCAUCAUCAUUAUCAAACAAGGGCACAUCUAAAAAUGAAGUGAUUCCUUCACCAGAUGCUCAUGAUUCUUCAGCUCUUCUAGAUAGUAUUGAUCUUGCUGUUCUAGAAUUAUUUGAGACGGUAACUCCCCAAGAUUGGAUACUUGCCUUUGAAGUUUUGGAGACUCAAUCCGCUGAUGUGCUAGGCUGGUAUCCAAAAAAGCAAAUAGGUUAUAUUUCUGAAGAUGAAAUACUUAUUACUGAUAUAUUCACUACAUUACAAAGUACAGAAAGAACUGGGAAUUCAAAAGAAAGUGUUCUUAAUUCUCUCCCUCGUUCAAUUCAGGCUCUUUGCCGUAUUCACAAUACUAUACGUAAAUGGGUUAUACAAGAAGUUUCAUCACCUAAUAUUGAAAUUGAGCCAAGAGUUAAAAGAAUGAAUAUCUUUCUUGACAUGAUUUUGCUGAGCAGAAAAAGAAUGGUCAAGUUGGAUAUUUAUCCUAAAGGUGAAGCUGCUAAGAAUGAGUCGGAAGCCAAAAGAAGUGUUCCUUCAUUUGUUGAGAGUGCAAUUGUUAGUGCUUUAAUAAGUCCUGAAAGUAGAUUGUUUACAAGAGCUUGGUCAGAAGUUGCUAUAAGUCGUAAUGGUAGCAUGGAAUCUCUUGAUUCCUUAUUACAAAACGAUUUGAUCAAAACACAUAUAGUUAAUUCAACGAAUCCUAACUUAGCAAUGGUACCAUGUAUUGGAUGGUUAUUUGAGCGAAUGUCAGAAAUUUGUUGUAAUGUUCCCGAUAUGUCUUUUGAAUCCGAAAAAUUGAUAAAUUACGAUAAACGUCGUUACGUUUACAACCUUACACAAAUAUUUGUAAGAUUACAACGUGAAUUAACUGAAAAAGCUCAAGAUCGAAAACCAACAGUUGAUGUUCAUUAUAUGAUAAGUCCAAAUUCACGAUCGGGUAGCAAAAAGAAUGAUUGGCGCAAAUAUAAAGAGGUUUCUUCACGUGAAAAUAAUGCAUUAAAAGUUACGAGUGUUCCACCUAGACAAACGAGAUCCCUAAAGCCCUUUAGUAAAUUUGUAACAGAGCAACAAGAAAAAAUAAAACGGGACCAAAAGGAAAGGGAACGUUUGACAAAAGAAUUUCGGGAUUCUCAGAAUAGAUUGCAAAAGAAACAAAAUGAACAAGCAAAACUUCUUGAAAAACAAUCUCGAACACAACAGAGACCACGAAAUAAGUCCAGAGUGGAAUCAUUCAUUAAACAUGCAGUACGACCAAUAUCUAUGGCUUUUGCAAGCACGUGGCAUCAUUCAGGCAAUUCAAAUUCUACAAGAAAUAAUAUAUCCUCGAAACCUCAAGUACCGAAUUCCAAACCUGCGCUCGUUAUAAAUUUGAUUAAUUCCCAGACAUCGGUAGAUUAUAGCGUCUCCCUCGAUUUUGUUUUCCGAAUUGUGAGUGAAGAGGGUGCACAAUAUUUAUUUCAAGCAAUGGACUACGAUGAUAUGAAUGAUUGGAUGCGAUUCAUAACCGAAGUUUCUAAGGAAGGUGCAGAAAAAAGAAUGACAAUAUUUAAAACUGAAAAUCAACAAAUCAUUGAUCCGAAAGAGGAAGAGGUGAUAGAGGAGACUAAGACACGUAAUUCUGUGUAUGGUAAAGAUCUGUUUACUUUAAUGGCUGACGGUAGAAUUCCGAUACUAGUUGAAAAAUGCAUAGCCGAAAUAGAAAAGCGAGGGUUAGAAGAAGUUGGAAUAUACAGAGUUUCCGGUUCUGCAGUGGCUAUUAAUAAGCUCAGGGCUGCAUUCAACAAAAAUGCCGAAGCAGUUGAUUUAAGCGAUGAAGAAUACCGUGACAUAAAUAUUGUGGCGGGUGCUCUCAAGUUAUUCUUUCGCUCUCUUCCUGAACCCAUUACCACAUAUGAGUAUUAUGAUCAGUUCAUUCAGGCCUCAGACAUACAGGACCGUGAUGGAAAGUUUUAUGCCAUCAAAGAUCUUCUAUAUAAGUUGCCUAAACCAAAUUAUGAUUUAUUGAAAAGAUUGAUUGAACAUUUAGAAAGGGUUACUGAUUAUGAGGAAUUUAAUCAUAUGUAUGCUGGAAACCUGGCUAUUGUGUUUGGUCCUAAUUUGUUAAAGUCCCGAGACUUUGCUGUUUCAAUGGGAAAUCUUGGUCAUCAUACAAGUAUAAUUAAAUGUUUGAUUCUCUCGUAUCAUUGGUUCUUUAAUACGGAAGAAGAAGAAGCAUCCGAUAUAGAAUAUCUAGAUCCGGAUAUUGAACUGAGUGAACCUGAGAAUGAAGGGCUUCAAACGAAUAACCCUUUAACGGAUGAUGCUUCGUCAUUCGAUAAUCGAUCUGCGAUUUCAGAGAGUGAUGCCCCUUCCGAGCCUAAUUUUGAUGAUAGAGCUGAUGGAGCAGUUAAUCUUGAAGGAGAAAUGGGUAAAAUUUUGCCGGAAGAACCUGAUAAUAAUAUAUUUGAAGGUAACUUGGAAGAGAACUCGGGAACAGACAAUAACUUUAAACAUCUUCCGCUAAUACAAGUUCAGGAAGAAAGUUUUAUUAAUGAUGACAAUAAAAGAGAAUCAGCAUUAACGGAUGUUAUUGAAGAAUCAGAGGAUGAGCAGUCAGAAUUAAUUAAAGAUGGUCAUCAUACAAAAACUGAAAUUAAUUUAAACCCAGAACAUAAUACGCAGGUUCAAGAGAGUCAUAUUUAUGACACGCAGGUUCAAGAAAGUAUUUAUGACACACAGGUUCAAGAAAGUCAGAUUUAUGACACACAGGUUCAAGAAAGUCAGAUUUAUGACACACAGGUUCAAGAAAGUCUGAUUUAUGACAUACAGGUUCAAGAAAGUCAGCUUUAUGACACACAGGUUCAAGAAAGUAUUUAUGACACACAGGUUCAAGAAAGUCAGAUUUAUGACACGCAGGUUCAAGAAAGUAGGAUUUAUGACGAUAGCACGAAAGAAGAUAAUGAAAAUAAAAAUGAAUCUAAUUUGUCCGAUGUUUCCGAAGAUUCACGGGCUGAAUCAAAUUCACCAUGA